AUGCUCUCAGAGGAAGAAGCGGUUUGUCUCCUCUCUGCUCGAACGUCGUCCACAAGCAACGUCCCCCGCUCCAGUUCCUACGGCGAACGCUUUAAUAUCAACGCGCUCAACGACUACGAAACACGGUUCUACUUUCGCUUCUGGAAGCGAGACCUAUUUCGACUCUUUGAAGCGCUCCGCCUAGACAGCAGCUAUAAACUCCCAAAUCGAGCUGUCUUCUCCGGUUUCGAGGGCCUCUGCAUUCUCUUGCGCCGCAUGGCAUACCCGGGACGUUAUGGAGACUUAAGCCGCUUUUUCGGGCAGUCCGCCCCUAUUGUCUGCAUGAUAUUUAACUUCAUGCUGGGGUUGGUGUACGACAAGUACAAAUGCCUACUCACCAUUGAAUGUGGGCUACUUACAUCGUCGCGAUUGGAGGAGUACGCUGCUGCUGUGGCACAACGUGGAGCACCGGAGCCGAGAUGCAUUGGUUUUAUCGAUGGCACUGUGCGUGCUAUUGCACGCCCAACGCGCAACCAAAAACAAGUUUACAACGGACACAAGAGGAAACACGCGCUAAAAUACCAAGGAGUAAUGGCGCCGGACGGACUAUUCAUCGACUUUUACGGUCGUACGGUUGGACGUCGUCACGACUCUUGGCUUUUAAGGCAGAGUGGACUGCUGAAGCGCCUUCCGCGUGUCUUACAUCACGACGGGGAACUUCCGUAUUGCAUCUAUGGGGAUCCUGCCUACCCACUCAAACCAACGCUGCACGUCGGUUUCAAGGGCUCCAAUCUGAGUGAUACGCAAAAGGCAUUCAAUGCGGCUAUGAGUAAAGUUCGCGUGGCAGUGGAGUGGGGGUUCGGAGGGAUCAUUCGCUUAUGGCCGUUUCUUGAUCUGAGACUGAGUCAAAGACUAUAUCUAUCACCUGUGGGGAAACACUACUUGGUCGGUGUACUCCUGACAAACUUCCGCAACUGUACCAACCCCAACCAGAUCAGCAAAUUCUUUUCCAUUAAGCCGCCAAGCCUCGAGGAGUAUCUUAGUCUAGCUACUACGAACUAG